AUGGGACAUUAUCCUUCAUUAACCAAAGUUGCCACCUCCUUGGGGAUUGAUGCCAGAGAAUUAGCAAGCAAGAAAGAGACAAAAGGGGGGAUUGAAGGUUUCUCGCGAACUAACCUUGAGCGAUAUGCGUUAAGCUUAGCAGAAAGUGAGAGAUGGGGUGUUUUCAUGGAUGUGCUCGCCCUCAUUAUUUAUGGAAUUGUCUUAUUCCCGAACGUUGAAAACUUUAUUGACUUUGCUGCAAUUGAUGUCUUCUUGGCCUUUAAACAUGAGAAAAUGAGUCCUAGAGGAAGUCAGAUUGAGAUUAAAAAUAAGAGCGAAUGGGCUUACAGCAUAGCAAAUCUUAGUGAAAAGACCAUUUCUUGGUACUCGCGAGAGCAAAACAUUGAUGAAGUGAUUUGUCAAUGUGGAGAUUUCCGGAACGUACCACUGAUGGGUACUAAGGGAUGUGUAAACUACAAUCCCACUCUUGCGUUAAGGCAACUCAGUUAUUCGAUUAGGAGCCCACCGGUUGAGGAUUCAAUCACUCCUUUCAUGGUUUAUGAUAUGACUAAGAAGUUGGAUUUUCUUAACAAGAUUAGACAAUCUUGGGAUAAGGUGAUCAAGAAAGGGAAAGAAUUGGGAAAAAGAAAUUGUAAUGUGGAGUUGAGUUAUCAACAGUGGCUCAAUGAGAGGGUCCAACAUGUUAAAUUGCCAUUUUGA